GGGUGAGGUCGUCAGUCGCCGUGAGACAACGACCGAGACACAAGCAAGAAAAGGAACACAAUUCCAAGGUCAGUGGGAGGACUCAGACAUGUUUCCGCCGCCGCGUCACCGCUGUCUUCAUCUUCUGUUGGCGUUCACCCUCACGCUGACGUCCGCCUCCCCCGCUUCGGGCCCGCGCUACAUGCCGCAUCACACCGCGGCCCCCUUUGAACGAGCGCAAGAGGCGUGCCGCCCCCACGGCCUGGCCUCCUUCGCCACGGCCCGGGACCUGGCCCGAGUUCUCAGGGUUAUCGGAGAGUCUCCCUCGGGAGUGCCGCCCGCUGGGUCGCGCGCCUUCUGGGUGGGGCUGAAGAAGGCCAAAAACCAGUGUGUGGUCCCCUCGCUACCCCUCAGAGGCUUCAAGUGGACCCGCAGGGGCGAGGAGGCGACGACGGAGACCUUCUGGGCCCAGGAGCCAGAACAGACCUGUACCUCGGUUCUGUGUGCAGGACUGGUCGCCAAGUUGGACGGGUCCACGGUCACCAGCUGGGGUCUGGUACCACUCAGCUGCAAGACCAGGAACCACUUCAUAUGCAACCUGGAGUCAGAGGAUGGAGGACCUGCUGGACCUGAAUCGGCAGAACCUGAACUGUUAGGACCUAAACCUGCUGAACCAAAAUUUGCUGGACCUGAACCAACGCAACCUGAACCCACUGAAUUUGAACCUGCGGGAACUCAACCUGCGGGAACUCAACCUGCUGAACCGGAAUCUGCUGCACCUGAACCAGAAGGACCGGAACUGUCCGAGCAAAAGCCUGAACUACCAGUGCCACCGACACUUGAACCUGCUGGACCCCAAUCUGCUAGACCUAAACCCGCUGAACCUGAACUAAGGGAACCCGAUGAGCAGGAACCCGAUGAGCAGGACCCCGACGUCGGUCGAGAAUCUGUGUCUGACUCGUGCUCCCACCCCGUGGUGGCCGGAGCCCGCUUCCUCAGUCUAGACCCCGACAACAGCAGUAGGAUCCAAGUGGACUGCUGGUCCAAAGUGCGUCUGGAUUUGCACUGCCGGGGCGGGGCCGGCGGGUGGCGUCUGCCGGGGGGUGCCCCCGCUAACCUGAGCUCCGUGUGCACCCCGUGCGGGAUCGGGUACCGUAAGGACGCGUCGGGGGACUGCGCGGACGUGGACGAGUGCUCUGGUGCGCACGGGUGCCGCCGCAGCUGCGUGAACACGGCGGGCUCGUUCGCGUGCGUGUGCGUCGCCGACCCCGCGGGGGCCGAGGACGGGGCGGCGUGCGAGCCCGCCGACAACCGCGCCCCCGGACCCUUCUCGGGGGCCCUGGUGCCGGCCGUGGUCGGGGCGGCGGUGGCGCUGGUGGUUCUGUUGGUCGUCGCCUUAGUGACGCUCAAGUGCUGCCUGAGGAGGCGGAGCAAGAAGGAGGAGGCGGAGCAAAGACCCACAUGAGUGAUGAUGUCAUCAACUUAUUCAUGACAUCAUGGUGAUGUCACAGUGUUUGUUUUUUUCGCAAUGAAAUGAUUGCGCACACACGCACGUAACACACACAAAUACACAAACACACUCGACACAACUACACAAACACACGCUAACAUGCGGACAAAAAAGAAACUGACACACGCAGAGGACACGUACACGCGCUCAGACAUGCACGCGCGCGCACGCACGCUGCUGGCUUGCAGAAAAGACAAAAAGAAGAGGACGGCUCCCCCUGGUGGUAGCAGUAGGGACGUGUGCUGAAGCAUUCUGGGUAAUGUAGUGCGCAGUCACGCGCGCGCCGCAGUUCCCACGUUGGCCAGCAGGUGGCAGCCUCGUCGUCGUCGUCGUCGUCAUCUUCAUCCACACGCACGCGGCGGGUCCAGGCCCCAAAUGAAUCAGGGGGCGUGGCUUUGACUCGUAGUGGCGAUGACGUCAUUGAGUAGCUUCGCGCAUGUGUGUCCACAAAAUGAUUGACAGCUGAUUAACUUGUUAAUGACGAAAACCUUUUCAUAUUUUCAUAAUUUUAAUGAUCGUAUUGUUGACGUUUGGUCAUAUUUAGUAAUUAUUUGUUUAUAUCACAACGAUAAUAUUGGCACAGUCUAAUCAAUUAUGUUUUUCUUUUGAAUUUUUGAACAAAUGGCCAAAUAAAACCUUGCUUUAUUUUAAUUUAAAAAAUGAAUCUUAAAAUAGUUACAUGCGCUCAAAUGGAAAAGGGUGAACGUUUUUUU